AUGGACGGGUACAUUCCCAUGCGCGACCGGCAGGGAUUCGUGAAGAGCGACGGGUGGAAGGUGCCCCAGUUCUGGGAGAUUGAACGGAGUGGGGUGGGCAAGUCUGGCCAACUCGCGGGGCUCGCUGUGGAGGGAGGGAAGGGAGUGGACGGUGCUGCAGAGGACAGCCGGGCAAUUGGAGUAGGAGCAGGAGUGCAAUCUGCGAACGGAGCAGAAGGACCGGGAGGAUUGGGAAGUACACCCAAAGCAGACGUGAAGGGGGAGGAGGAGUGGGUCGAGACGACUGAGACCGACGGAAGGGAGGCGGAGCGGAUAGGCGGACAGAUGGUCGAUGUCGGGCAGCGCGCGACGCUCCCGGCGCCAUCUGCCGAUUCUGCUGUGGGACCAACAGCAGCGACGGUGACGGCGGGCGAGCCUGCUCCACCACAAGACAUCGACAAACAAUCGUAUGGAGCGCGGGACCUGCUCGAGAUGCCGCCAUUAGACCAGGUGACGCCCGUCUCCAUCAUCCCAGCGCCCGAGGAGAUCGUCCUCCCCGCCAAACCCCUCUCCUCGAUCCCGUACUUCCCCAACUUUGUCUCCUACCGCAAGGAACAGUUCGAGGUGCGCCCGCCCCGCUUCGCGGACCCCGAGAGCGUGCGUUCCCUUGCGGGCGAGAGCGUCGAUGUCGUGUUCGCGAUCCGCAUGCCGAGCGAACGCAUCGAGUGUCCGCCGGGCGUGGAUGAGGAGGAUCUCGAGGUCGUGCGGGAGUGGGGAGGGCUCGAACUUGGCGUGACCAAGGUUGAGAUUCGGUAG